UCUUAUAUAUAUAUUUUUAUAAUUUUUUAGAUUAGAAGUAUGAUAAUGCAUAUAAUGUAAUGGAAAUUAAAAGUUCAAAAAUUAUUAUUCAAGAAAAAAAAAAAACUAAAUUUUAAAACUAAAUUCGUACAGUGAAUUGCUAAAAGCUUUAUGCUCCUUUGAUUUAGUAGGUGUGUAUGUUUGGCAAUAAGUUAAAAAAAAUAAUAACCCGAGUUUUUUUUUUAAAUUUUUGGCAAAAAAAAAAAAAAAAAAAAAAGUUGACUCGACUUAAACCGGGUCGAACAGUAGUACUCUUACAACAAUCCGACACCGUCCGGGUUUCAAACAUAGCUUAAUUUGCCCGCCACUACACUGUUAUAAUAAACCCCUCCACAAAACCCUACCUUUCUUUCAAUCCUCCCUCCAAAACACUCUCUCUCUCCCUCUAAAAUUUUCGGGUUUUUUCAACGCUACAAUUCUCCUCCCCUACCAACAUUCCUCCGUCAUCCGGUCUGGGGCUUUGAUUUCAAUUCGAAGCCCUAGCAUUUCACCGGUCAAUUUCUGUUCUGAAAUUAGGGUUAACACAGCAUCAUACAAGGAAGAAGAUGUCUGGGGAUAACGAGAUUGUGAUGCGUGAUGUCGCAAUUGCUGGUCUCGUAGUGAGUGACCGCAUUGGUCGAGAUGUAGCAGCUCAGCUCGACCUUGAAGAAGCCCUAGAAGCUUCCCGAUACGCUAGUCAUCCAUAUUCAACUCAUCCCAGAGAGUGGCCUCCUUUGGUUGAAGUGGCGGACACUUGGGAGUUGCCUCAUGUGCUUAUUGAGAGAUAUAAUGCAGCUGGUGGAGAAGGAACUGCUUUAUGUGGAAUAUUUCCAGAGAUACGCAGAGCAUGGGCAUCGGUAGACAACUCUUUGUUUCUUUGGCGUUUCGAUAAGUGGGAUGGUCAAUGCCCUGAAUAUAGUGGUGAGGAACAGGCUAUCUGUGCUGUUGGCCUGGCCAAAGCUAAACCUGGCAUUUUCGUUGAAGCCAUCCAGUAUCUUUUGGUCUUAGCAACUCCUGUUGAGUUGAUUCUUGUAGGAGUAUGCUGUUCUGGAAGGGGUGAUGGAACAGAUCCGUAUGAAGAGGUUUUACUACAGCCUUUGCCUGAGUAUACAAUACCAUCUGAUGGAGUCACUAUGACAUGUAUCACUUGUACUGAUAGAGGUCAUAUUUUCAUGGCUGGACGUGAUGGCCACAUUUACGAAAUGCAUUAUACAACCGGUUCUGGUUGGCAGAAGCGUUGUCGUAAAGUUUGUCUAACUGCUGGUUUGGGAAGCGUCAUUUCUAGGUGGGUUGUACCUAAUGUAUUCAAGUUUGGUUCUGUUGACCCUAUUGUUGAAAUGGUUGUUGAUAACGAGAGACACAUUUUGUACGCACGCACUGAAGAGAUGAAAAUUCAAGUUUUUGUUUUGGGGUUGAAUGGGGAUGGUCCACUGAAGAAAGUGGCAGAGGAGAGAAAUUUGAUCAAUCAGAGGGAUGCAAAUUAUGGAGGUAGACAAUCUGCUGGAUCAAGAGCUCCUCGAUCAGCAAAAACAUCUAUAGUCUGCAUUACACCAUUAUCGACACUGGAAUCAAAGUGGCUGCAUCUUGUUGCUGUUCUAUCAGAUGGCAGAAGAAUGUACCUUUCCACUGCAUCUAGUGGGAAUAGUAGUGCUGUUGGAGGUUUAGGUGGAUUUAACACUAAUCAUCAGAAGCCAAGCUGCUUAAAAGUCGUAACAACCAGGCCAUCUCCUCCUUUGGGAGUGGGUGGUGGGCUAGCCUUUGGAGCCGUAUCUUUUGCUGGUAGAUCUCAGAAUGAAGAUAUGUCACUCAAGAUUGAGUCAGCAUACUAUUCUGCUGGAACUCUUGUCCUUUCUGAUUCAUCUCCAUCAAACAUGUCUUCUCUUCUGAUUGUUAACAGGGAAUCAAGCACACAAUCUUCAUCUGGUAAUUUAGGAACAGGUGCGAGGAGUUCACGGGCAUUACGGGAGUCUGUAUCUUCCCUGCCCAUUGAUGGCCGAAUGCUUUUUGUGGCAGAUGUUUUUCCCCUACCAGAUACAGCAGCUACUGUGCAGUCACUAUAUUCACAACUGGAAUUCUUUGGAUUUGAUAAUUCAUGGGAGUCUUGUGAAAAGGCAUCAGGAAAACUUUGGGCUAGAGGUGAUCUUUCAACCCAACAUAUUUUACCAAGGAGGAGAAUUGUCAUAUUUAGUACCAUGGGAAUGAUGGAAGUAGUUUUCAACAGGCCAGUGGACAUCCUGAGGAGGUUGUUAGAGUCUAACACACCAAGAUCAAUGUUGGAAGACUUUUUCAAUCGUUUUGGAGCCGGAGAGGCUGCUGCAAUGUGUCUAAUGCUUGCUGCAAGGAUAGUUCAUACAGAAAACCUCAUCAGCAACGUUGUUGCUGAGAAGGCAGCGGAGGCUUUUGAGGACCCAAGAGUUGUUGGAAUUCCACAACUUGAAGGUAGUGGUGCUAUGUCAAAUACUAGAACUGCAGCAGGGGGGUUUAGCAUGGGACAGGUUGUUCAAGAGGCUGAGCCUGUGUUUUCAGGGGCCCAUGAAGGGCUCUGCUUGUGCUCAUCAAGAUUGCUUUUGCCUUUGUGGGAGCUUCCUGUUAUGAUCACAAAAGGUGGCUUAGGUUCUUCCGACGGUAUGCCUGAAAAUGGGAUAGUUGUUUGUAGACUUUCUACUGAGGCAAUGCAAGUCCUUGAAGAUAAAAUUCGUUUGCUCGAGAAAUUUCUAAGAUCUAGAAGGAAUCAGAGACGGGGACUUUAUGGUUAUGUUGCUGGUCUAGGAGACUUGACUGGUUCAAUUCUAUAUGGAACUGGUUCAGAUCUGGGUGCUGGUGACCGAAGUAUGGUGCGGAACUUAUUUGGUUCUUACUCUCGGGAUGCCGAGUCUAGUGAAGGUGGUACAUCUAAUAAAAGGCAGCGGCUUCCAUAUAGUCGUGCAGAAUUAGCUGCUAUGGAGGUCAGGGCUAUGGAAUGCAUCAGGCAAUUACUCCUUAGAUGUGGUGAAGCUCUGUUUUUGCUCCAACUUCUUUCACAGCACCAUGUAACACGCUUGGUUCAGGGUUUUGAUGCUACCUUGAGGCAGGCAUUACUUCAGUUAACAUUUCAUCAGCUAGUAUGUUCUGAGGAGGGUGAUCGACUUGCUACAAGGCUUAUAUCUGCUCUUAUGGAGUAUUACACUGGUCCUGAUGGCAGGGGAACAGUAGAUGAUAUUAGUGCGAGACUACGGGAAGGUUGUCCGAGCUAUUUCAAGGAGUCAGAUUACAAGUUUUACUUAGCUGUGGAAUGUCUUGAGAGAGCUGCUGUAACUGCUGAUACUGUCGAGAGGGAAAGUCUUGCUAGAGAAGCCUUCAACUACCUAAGUUCAGUUCCGGAGUCUGCAGAUCUGCAAACUGUUUGUAAACGCUUUGAGGACUUGAGAUUUUAUGAAGCUGUGGUUCGCUUGCCUCUGCAAAAGGCACAGGCUCUUGAUCCCGCUGGUGAUGCUUUCAAUGAUCAAAUAGAGGCGGGAAUUCGGGAACAUGCACUGGCCCAGCGUGAGCAAUGCUAUGAGAUUAUCACCCAUGCUUUGCGUUCCCUGAAAGGUGAAGCUUCUCGAAGGGAAUUUGGGUCUCCCAUCAGACCAGUGACACAAUCCGUACUUGAUCCGGCCUCCAGGCGAAGAUAUGUAUGUCAGAUUGUUCAACUUGGUGUCCAAUCACCUGACAGAUUAUUUCACGAGUAUUUGUAUCGGACAUUGAUUGAUUUAGGUCUUGAAAACGAGUUAUUGGAGUAUGGAGGCCCUGAUUUGGUGCCUUUUCUGCAAAGUGCUGGCCGUGAACCUGUACAAGAGGUUCGUGCUGUGUCUUCAGUAGCAUCAGCAACUUCUCCACUUGGUCAAUCAAGAAUACCUAUUCCAGCUAAUCAAGCAAAAUAUUUUGAGCUUCUGGCACGAUAUUAUGUCUUGAAGCGUCAGCAUGUUCUUGCUGCUCAUCUAUUGUUAAGACUGGCAGAAAGGCGCUCUACAGAUGCUGGGGAUGCCCCUACACUAGAACAGAGGCGUCAAUACCUAAGCAAUGCAGUUCUGCAAGCAAAGAAUGCAGGCAACAGUGAUGGUGUAGUAGGUUCAGCCCGUGCUUCUGAUGAUGGACUGAUGGAUUUGCUUGAAGGAAAGCUUGCUGUUCUUCGGUUUCAAAUUAAGAUCAAAGAGGAAUUGGAGGCUAUAGCCUCUAGGUUAGAGGCUUCUGCUAGCACAUCUGAAUCUGCUCCCGCUGAAUCUUUACUUGGCAGGCCCUUUGAUGCCAAUUUUCUAGAAUCUAUACAAGAAAAGGCGAAAGAGUUAUCACUGGAUUUAAAGAGUAUCACUCAACUGUAUAAUGAAUAUGCAGUUCCCUUUGAGCUCUGGGAGAUAUGUCUGGAGAUGCUGUACUUUGCAAACUAUUCCGGUGAUGCUGAUAGUAGCAUUGUACGAGAGACCUGGGCUAGACUCAUUGAUCAAGCUCUUUCGAAGGGUGGCAUUGCUGAAGCAUGUUCAGUACUGAAGAGGGUUGGUUCCCACAUUUAUCCUGGAGAUGGCGCGGUUUUACCUUUAGAUACACUGUGUCUUCACCUGGAGAAGGCUGCUUUGGAACGACUGUCGUCAGGGGUUGAAUCUGUUGGUGAUGAAGAUAUCGCACGGGCUCUUCUUGCCACUUGCAAGGGUGCAAUAGAACCUAUAUUGAAUACUUAUGACCAACUGCUAUCAAAUGGAGUGAUCUUGCCAUCACCAAUUCUAAGAUUACGUCUCCUUCGAUCAGUACUGGUGGUACUUCGUGAAUGGGCAAUGUCCGUGUUUGCGCAGAGAAUGGGUACGAGCGCUACUGGAGCAUCUCUCAUUCUUGGUGGAACAUUCUUACCGGAGCAAACAGCCAUUAACCAAGGGGUUCGUGAUAAGAUCACUAGUGCAGCAAACAGGUAUAUGACUGAGGUGCGUAGGUUGGCCCUUCCACAGAACCAAACGGAGCCCGUCUGCCGAGGUUUUCGGGAACUUGAAGAGUCACUGCUGAGUCCUUUUUCUUUUGAGCGAUUUUGAUUGUCCCAGUUGUGUCUGUUGUGUAUGAGAGAUGCUGUGGUUUUAUUCCAUGUUGUUACGCAAUAAAAAUGUUAUGCUUAAUGUCAUCAAAUAUAUCCACUCCACUUUGUAAGGGUCUACUACCAAAA